GUAGUCAAGCCACAUACUCCACUAAUAAGAUUCCCAGAUAGAAGAGACAAUCCGAAACCCAAUGUAUCAGAAGCUUUGGGAUCAGCAGGACUACCGUCUCACUCUUCUUCAAUUUCACAACAUUCUAAAGGAAGUAAAUCACCAGAUUGGCUGAUGUAUCAGGGCCCACCAGACACUGCAGAAAUAAUAAAAACAUUACCUCAGAAAUAUAGAAGGAAACUUGUAUCUCAGGAAGAAAUGGAAUUUAUCCAGCGUGGAGGUCCAGAAUAAUCACUUACAGUGGGGCUGCAGUUUGUCAUCAGGCAAAUGAAUAGUCUUUACAAUAAAGGACUUCCAAAAUGACAAAUGAGAAAUUGUAUAUUAAACAACUUUAAUAAAUAUUCUGUAAAAAAGAAAAGAAAAGAAAUAUAGAAAAUUUAGAUGGACACUUGUAUCUCCUAAUUUAUGUACCUGGUCAGCUUCUCCAUAAGCUUACCUAUUGUUUAUAUAUUAUCUACUUAUUAAAGUAUACAUUUUUAAAUG